AUGGCGACAAAAGGCCGUUCGCAACCCCGAGUCGUGUGCUGUGCAAUCCCUAUCGCUAGAGCUGCAGGGAAGGUCCUGGUCGUUACGAGUCGUAAACGGCCGGAUAAUUGGGUCUUGCCCAAAGGAGGUUGGGAACCGACGGAUGGCGUGCUGGAGGCAGCAGCCUUGCGAGAAGCCUUGGAAGAAGCGGGCGUUCGCGGCAGCAUCACCCGCUUCGUCACCACCAUCCCCACCGCGUCGUCAACGUACCACUUUUAUGAGCUUGACGUCGCAGCUCUAGAUCAAGAUUGGCUUGAGAGCGGCGAGCGCCAGAGGGAGUGGGUAGAUUACGCCGAGGCUGUCCGGCGCGUGUCGUGGAAAACGGAGCUCGCGCAGGGCCUUAUGCUCUCGUCGCUCGCGCCCCGCCGGUGA